GGAUUCAGAUUUGUUCCUGCUCGACUCUCGAACAAUCUGGGCCGCAGAAGAAGGGUGGCUGGUGUUUGACAUUACUGCAACCAGUAAUCACUGGGUGGUGAAUCCCCAACACAACCUUGGCCUCCAGCUGUCCGUGGAAGGUGUCGAUGGGCAAAGCAUCAAUCCCAAACUGGCGGGUCUUAUUGGAAGGCACGGCCCGCAGAACAAGCAGCCGUUCACGGUAGCCUUCUUCAAAGCCACUGAGGUCCAUCUCCGCAGCAUUCGCUCCACAGGAGGGAAGCAAAGGAGCCAGAAUCGAUCGAAAACACCAAAGAACCAGGAAGCUUUCCGUGUGUCGAACAUCGCAGAGAACAGCAGCAGCGACCAGCGACAAGCCUGCAAGAAGCACGAGCUCUACGUCAGCUUCAGGGACCUGGGGUGGCAGGACUGGAUCAUCGCUCCCGAGGGCUACGCUGCGUAUUACUGUGAAGGAGAAUGUGCUUUCCCAUUGAAUUCAUACAUGAAUGCUACAAAUCAUGCCAUUGUACAGACACUGGUUCACUUUAUAAACCCAGAGACUGUGCCGAAACCCUGCUGUGCUCCUACACAACUCAAUGCCAUCUCCGUGCUCUAUUUUGAUGACAGUUCUAAUGUUAUCUUAAAAAAAUACAGGAACAUGGUGGUACGAGCAUGUGGCUGUCAUUAGAUUUGUAGGAAAGAAAAAAAAAGUUAUUUGUAAAGAGUGGGUUUGUAUGGCUAUGUGGGGGAAGGGAAAAGGUUAGCACUCCAGCAAUGGCUUUUAAAAAAAAAAAUCCCAAACAGUUUUUAGGACUGGGCUUCUGAAAGUUCAGACAAUGGAACAGUUUCUGGAUCUAAGUGGCAUUUGAACACAUUUUGUUUUAGUUUGUUGUAGACAAUGAGCUUGUAAACUGAAACAAGCCAGAGAAACCAUUUAAAACCAAAUCUGCCUACAAAAUUGGCUCCUACAAUACAUACUUUUACAAAUGAGUCUUUCUGAAGAUUGCAAACUCACCAGUGUUGAUUGCGAGUUAAGAAGUAAUAAUCUAUCCAAGGUGAGAAUGUGCUGUGACUAAUAAGCAUGUGUAGUUCCUGUAACACAGUUUGCAAUAAAAUAAGUGAA